GCUCUCUCGUGGUCUCUCCAAGCUCGAGCUUUCGCUCUGGUUUCUUGUUGCUUUUCUCCAUCUUGAUUUCUCUAGAUCUUGGUGAAUCUUUCUGGUGUUGGAGAUCCGAAGGCCGAGUUCAAUCUCUCUCUGAAUUCUUCUACUUGGUUAGGGUUUCAGUUUUCAGUUUGAAUUUCGGGAUUGGCAGCACGAGGCCUUCUUCAAGACUUCAUCUUGGCCUCAUGGCACUCCGUCGUGUUCUCCAGAGGAGCUUAAUGGACCGGAUCUUUUCUUGGGUCUUCCCAUCUACUGAACUAGUUAUUGCCUCUGAUACUUCACUUGAACCUAUCAAAGCCACGUUGUUCCCCGGUGAUGGAAUUGGACCUGAGAUUGCUGAAUCUGUCAAGCAGGUCUUCAGAGCAGCUGAAGUGCCCAUUGAAUGGGAGGAGCAUUUUGUGGCAGAUGAAGUGGAUCCAAGAACGGGGAGUUUACUGACGUGGGAAAGUUUGGAAUCAGUUCGAAGAAAUCGUGUUGGCUUAAAGGGUCCAAUGGCUACACCUAUUGGUAAAGGUCAUAGGUCCUUGAACCUUACACUAAGAAAAGAACUAGGGUUAUAUGCUAAUGUCCGACCUUGCCUUAACCUUCCUGGAUACAAAACCCGAUAUGACAAUGUAAAUCUUGUCACUAUCCGAGAGAACACAGAAGGAGAGUACAGUGGAUUAGAACACCAGGUGGUGCGAGGUGUUGUAGAGAGUCUUAAGAUCAUCACCCGUCAAGCGAGUUUAAGGGUGGCAGAGUACGCUUUUCACUAUGCCAAGAUGAAUGGACGACAAAGAGUGUCUUCCAUACAUAAAGCCAACAUUAUGAGGAAAACCGAUGGCCUCUUUCUCAAGUGUUGCCGUGAGGUUGCAGAGAAGUAUCCUGAUAUCACUUAUGAGGAAGUCAUUAUCGACAACUGCUGCAUGAUGCUAGUCAAAAAUCCUUCGCUUUUUGAUGUAUUGGUGAUGCCUAAUCUUUAUGGUGACAUAAUAAGUGACCUUUGUGCUGGUUUGAUAGGGGGAUUGGGUUUAACACCUAGUUGCAACAUCGGUGAAGGUGGCAUUAUUCUUGCAGAAGCUGUGCAUGGUUCUGCCCCUGAUAUUGCUGGCAAGAACCUUGCAAAUCCAACAGCAUUCCUGCUAAGUUCUGUCAUGAUGUUGCGCCAUUUGAACCUCAAUGACAAAGCCGACCGAAUCCACAAUGCUAUUCUUAGCACUAUUUCUGAAGGGCAAUACCGAACAGCUGAUCUCGGCGGCACUGCUUCCACAACCGAUUUUGCAAAGGCGAUCUGUGAUCAUCUAUGAGACGCUUGUCUUCCUUUUUCCACCAUGUCAUAAGAACUUUUUGCUUGACCGGGCCACAGCAUUGCUUGCGUCAAUUGUAAUAAUUUCCUUUAUUUGAUUAUAGUUCGACCUUGUGUUGUUGAAGAAAUUUGUAAUAAUCGAUGUAAAUUGGACAUGUAAACUGUAAAUAUUUUUUUAGCUCCCCACCUUGUUUUAAUGUCUUGGGGGCAUUAUGUGA